AUGGAGAACCUGAGCUCUGUGGGUGCUUUGCUGCAGUUGGAGGGUCUCCUUGUCCCCGCCUCCUUCCUGACUCCGGCGUUCCUCGGGCUCUUCUUCAGUCACCUCUUCAUUGUCACAGCAAACAUGGGCGUGGUCGCCCUGAUCUGCUCUGACUCCGCCCUCCACCAGCCCAUGUACAUACUGCUGUGCCAACUGUCGAUCAACGACAUCCUGGGCAACACGGCACUGGUGCCUCGCCUCCUGUAUGACAUGCCCCGCCCCCCUCGCAGACGGCUCAUCUCAUUGGGCAGCUGCGUGGUGCAGGCAUUCAUCACGCACCUGUUUGGCACCAAUAACCACACCAUCCUGAUGAUUAUGGCCUUCGACCGCUAUGCGGCAAUCUGCACGCCAUUGCGGUACUCGGCCGUGAUGGGCACGCGCACGCUGGUGACGCUGACAGCGGCGGCGUGGGGAGGUGGGUCCGUGCUGGUGGCGGCUUUGCUUGGUCUGACACUGAGGUUGAGCCGCUGUCGCUCGCUGCUGUUAAACGCGUACUGUGACAACGCAUCGCUCUUCAAACUCUCCUGUGAAAAUACUUUUAUAAAUAACGUGUACGGUCUGACGUUCUCUGUGGUGCUGCUCACAUCCUCCAUUGGCGCCAUUGUGGUGACGUACUCGUACAUCACGGCGGCGUGCGUCACCAAACGUAGCCGCAGUCUGAACCGUAAGGCGCUGCAGACAUGCUCCACACACCUGCUGCUGUACCUGGUCAUGUUCUUGAGCGGGAUGCUCAUCAUCGCUCUGCACAGGUAUCCACAGUAUGAACCCUACCGCAAAACAACCACCAUUUUGUUCAACAUCAUCCCUCCGGCGCUCAACCCCGUCAUCUACGGCUUCCAAUGCCACGAGAUCCACCAGAGCCUGCGUCGCCUGUUUAGAAAUGAUUUAUCACUGAAAACAACACUACAGCCAAUCAUAAAGAGCCUCACUACAGCCAAUCAGAGACAAUGUAAUGGUACAGCCAUUAAAGUAAGUUUCAAUCCAGAAACAGGACAAAUCUGA